AUGAAGAAGUUGCGAGUCUUUGGAGACUCACAACUCAUCAUCAAUCAAACGAAUGGCGACUGGAAGACCAACGAUGAAAAGCUGAUCCCUUAUCAAGUCUGUCUAGAGAAUCUGACCGAGGAAUUUGAAGAGAUCACGUUCUCUUACAUGCCUCGAGCCAAGAACCAAUUCGCGGAUGCUCUGUCUACCCUUGCCUCGAUGCUGAAAAUCCCAAAAGGAGUAGUUGAGUGGGAACUCACCCUCGAACUCCAGGAAGAACACGCAUUCUGCCUACAGAUCGACGAAGUCGAAACCUUUCCGAACGGUCAGCCGUGGUACACAGACAUCAAGGAAUAUCUCGAACAUCAAAAGUACCUAGAAGGAGCGACAUCAACUGAUCGUCGCACUAUCCAACGCUAG